AUGGCUGAUAGGGAAUUAGAACAGCGAUUACAACAGCUGACACUGGAGAAUGCAGUUCUUCAGCAGAAACUGACUGAUAUUGGAUCUACAUCAGAAUCAACACCCAAGUAUGAAGAGCAAGCGGUGUGCCAGGUAGCUGUCAAGUUACCACCUUUCUGGCCUGACAAACCAGCGGUAUGGUUUGGGCAGGUGGAAGCUCAGUUUGAUAUAGCGGGUAUUGUUGGUGAUAAUACCAAAUAUAAUUAUGUAAUAGGUAGAUUAGACCAAAAGUUAGCUGGGGAGAUUGAGGAUAUCAUUACCAGACCCCCACCCAUAGGCCAACGGUAUAAAAAGGUAAACGAUGAGUUAGUACGGCGUCUUUCAAUGUCAGAGGAACAGCGGGUACGCCAGCUUAUUAGUGUAGAGGAGCUUGGAGACAGGCGACCAUCGCAGUUUCUGCGUCAUCUGCGUUCGUUAGCGGGUAACACCCUUACAGAUGAAAAUAUUUUGCGCCAGCUUUGGAUGCGCCGUCUUCCUCAAAAUAUUCAGGCUAUUUUAGCUUCGCAAUCUGAACUGAGUCUGGACAAAAUAGCAGACCUCGCAGACAAGAUCACAGAGAUAUCAGGACCCAGCCACCAGGUGUACUCCUGUGCGAUGCCAGCGCCUGCACCAUCGGUACUGGAUUCUUUAGUAAAGACAGUGGAAGAUUUAAGCAAGCAAGUUGCAUCUCUUACCAACUCGCAUCCUCGCGGUCGCUCACGCAGCAAAUCAAUAUCUAGACAGCGUUCUCGCGGUGCCUCACCUAGAAAUUAA